CCCUGAACGUGGCCGCUGUAGCAUCUCAGGGACCCGAUGGGCAGGGCCCAGGGCUUUAACAUCACGUUCAUCACAAAGCACAAUGUUUUGUCUCAAAGAAAAAUGAGGAAAUGCUGAGGUCCGGGCAGGAGAAGUGUCUGAGAGAGAAAUCAGCACGCUGGUCCCCCCACCCGGGGCACGGAGGCUACUGGCGGCGCUCCAGCUGUCCCUGAGGGUUCUGGGCACUGAGGUCCUGGCGCGGCCCAUCGCGGGCGGUGGCAGGGGUCAGACGGGCAUGGCCCCUGGCCGGGCUCUGAGCAAGGGGUGAAGAGAGCAGACACUUGGGCAGUGAAUUUGGGAGGGCCCUGUCGGCCUGCGCCAUGGCCUGUAUAGUCCUGUCCCCUCCCCCAGGAUGCCCCCCCGGGGUCCCCAGCAGAAGGAGACAUCUUCCGGGGCCCGGGCUGGAGAACAAAGCCCCUGUGUGCUGUUCUGGGACCGAGACCCCGUGGAGGACAGAGCCCCUUUCAGCACCAGCCCUGCUCCUUCCACCGUUCAAGGUCAGCGUGGCCUCCUGGCUCCUGGGGGCAGGCCAGCUUGGUUGACGCAAGCGGAUGAUUCAGAGAUAGCCCACAAGGACGGCCACGGCCACUGGGCAUCUCUGGGGGUUGGCUUCAUCUAAUCUUAGCUCUGCCUUGAGCCGGUCGCCGGAACGGGCCCUCUCGGGCGGGCUUCUCGGAGACCCCCAGGGCGAGGGCUGCGCCAGCUCCGUGCCAUGCAUCUCAAGACGGGACCUGUUCUGGGGAGGCUUGGGCUCCGGGACCUGAAGGACCGAGCGAGGCCGCAGUCCAGACCAAGCCCCUGGGAGGACUCUGGAGGGACCAUAGUCACGGGGGACCACAGCUCACAGGGACUACGGCCCACGGCAAGGGGAGGCACAGUUCAUGAGGGAACAGAUCCCAGCGGGACCACAGCCCAUGGGGGCAGGAGGGAGCCACAGUUCAUGGGGCCCAGAGUUCAUGGGGGUCUACAGCCCCGUCACAGCCUGUGGGAACCACAACGCGUUGGGGCCACUAUACCCACACGGCGCCCUGCCUCCUCCCACACCCCAGCCCCCUCCCUCCGUCCACUCCCCAGCAAUCCGUCAGAAGCCAUGGUGCUGGAUCUCUCAGUCCUUCCAGAUCUGACUGCCCUGGCCCAUGCCCCCAGCACUUUUCUCCUGAGCCACAACCAGCCCCUCCCGCGCCUCCCUGCCUUCUCCCCUGAGCAAGCAGACGCUCAAGCCCUCGGCAGGUCCCCCCCGACUUGGAGGAAACCGGCAAAGCUGGUGUCCUCUGACUCUCCGAGACCUGGCACUCGGGGGAAUGUGGCCCUGGGAUCUGAGCCUUUCCUGUCCAGUGCAGGCCGACUCCCGAAACCCACAUCAGUACCCCUUAGCCACCCGCUGGCAGGCUCCCUGGUCACGCCGUCUCUGGUAAGGGGACGCACAGGGCAGAUGGUGCUGAUGGUCUCUGGCAAGGGGAUACCCAGGGCAGAUGGUACCGGGGAGGACAUCACCCUGGAGACCGGCCGGGUAGGAGCAGAUAAGAGAACUGCCCACCCAGCACCACAACCCAAGCCCAUGGCCAUGGGAGAGAACACACGGAAUCUUCCUACAGAAGCAGACAGAGAUCACGAGCAGGCAGAGAGGCAGGCAGAGAGAGAGGAGGAAGCAGGCUUCCCGCUGAGCAGAGAGCCCGAUGCGGGGCUCGAUCCCAGGACCCUGGGAUCAUGGCAUGAGUCCAAGGCAAAGGCUCUAACCCACUGAGCCACCCAGGCACCCAGGACGUCUCCCUUUCUGAUGGCCGAGUCACGUUCCGUUGUGUAGACGAACCCCGUCUUCUCUGUCCGUGCAUCUGCCGACGGACGUCCGGGCUCUUCCCGCAGUCCGGCUGUCGUGGACGUUGCUGCUAUGAACACUGGGGGGCAGAUGUCCCUUCGGGUCACUCCAUCUGUAUCUUUGGGGUAAAUACCCAGUAGUGCGAUGGCUGAUCCUAGGGCAGCUCUAUUCUCAACUUUCCGAGGACCCUCCGUGCUGUUUUCCAGAGCGGCGGCACCAGCCUGCGUUCCCACCAACCGUGCAGGAGGUUCCCCUUUCUCCGCAUCCUCGCCAGCACCUGUCGUUUCCUGACGUGUUGAUUUUAGCUGUUCUGACCCGUGUGAGGUGGGAUCUCACUGUGGUUCUGAUGUGUAUCUCCCUGAUGCCGAGGGACGUGGAGCCCUUUCUCAUGUGUCUGUUGGCCAUCUGGAUUAUCACAUGAUCUCACUCGUAUGUGGAAUUUUAGAAACAAAACAGAGGAGCACAGAGGGAGGGAAAAAUAAAACAAGAUGAA